GGAGAGGGGGUGGGGCGGGGGCCGCGGCGGGCGCCGGGACUCCAUUAGCGGCGGCGGGACGCUUCGCUUCCCUCACAGCAGUGACGCGGGCGCCGCAGUCCUCGUCUGUUGCCGCGGGAGCCGGGCGUGAGGAGCACGGAAGGAGCCAUGGCUCUGGACGGGAUAAGGAUGCCAGAUGGCUGCUACGCGGACGGAACGUGGGAACUGAGCGUCCAUGUCACGGACCUGAACCGUGAUGUCACCCUGAGAGUGACCGGAGAAGUGCACAUCGGAGGGGUGAUGCUGAAGUUGGUGGAGAAACUCGAUGUAAAAAAGGAUUGGUCUGACCAUGCUCUCUGGUGGGAAAAGAAGAGAACUUGGCUGCUUAAGACACAUUGGACCUUGGAUAAGUAUGGCAUCCAGGCAGAUGCCAAACUUCAGUUCACACCCCAGCACAAGCUGCUCCGGCUACAGCUUCCCAACAUGAAGUACGUGAAGGUGAAAGUGAAUUUCUCGGACCGAGUCUUCAAAGCAGUGUCGGACAUCUGCAAGACUUUCAAUAUAAGACACCCUGAAGAACUUUCUCUCUUAAAAAAACCCAGAGAUCCCACAAAGAAAAAAAAGAAAAAGCUAGAUGACCAGUCUGAAGAUGAAGCGCUUGAGUUGGAAGGACCGCUUAUCACUCCUGGAUCAGGCAUCGAUGUUCUUUACAUUGGCCCUCUGAAAGGAGGCAUAUACUCCAGCCCCGGACUUUACAGCAAAACAAUGACGCCCACUUACGAUGCUCAUGAUGGAAGCCCCUUGUCACCAACUUCUGCCUGGUUUGGUGACAGUGCUCUGUCAGAAGGCAAUCCCGGGAUACUUGCUGUCAGUCAGCCGGUAACAUCACCAGAAAUACUGGCAAAGAUGUUCAAGCCUCAAGCUCUUCUUGAUAAAGCAAAAACGAACCAAGGGUGGCUUGAUUCCUCGAGAUCGCUAAUGGAGCAGGAUGUGAAGGAAAAUGAGGCCUUGCUACUCCGAUUCAAGUAUUACAGCUUUUUUGAUUUGAAUCCAAAGUACGAUGCUAUCAGAAUCAAUCAACUUUAUGAGCAGGCCAAGUGGGCUCUUCUCCUGGAAGAGAUUGAGUGCACCGAGGAGGAGAUGAUGAUGUUUGCAGCCUUGCAGUAUCAUAUCAAUAAGCUGUCGAUCAUGACGUCAGAGAACCAUCUGAACAACAGUGACAAAGACGUGGACGAAGUGGACGCUGCCCUUUCCGACCUGGAGAUCACUUUGGAAGGCGGGAAGACAGCAACCGUUCUGGGUGACAUUACUUCAAUUCCAGAACUUGCUGACUAUAUUAAAGUUUUCAAGCCAAAAAAGUUGACUUUAAAAGGGUACAAGCAGUACUGGUGCACAUUCAAAGACACAUCCAUCUCCUGCUAUAAGAGCCGAGAAGAGUCCAGUGGUACACCUGCUCAUCAGAUGAACCUCAGAGGAUGUGAAGUUACCCCAGAUGUAAACAUUUCGGGCCAAAAAUUUAACAUAAAACUCCUAAUUCCGGUUGCAGAGGGCAUGAAUGAAAUUUGGCUUCGUUGUGAUAAUGAGAAGCAGUACGCACACUGGAUGGCAGCCUGCAGAUUAGCUUCCAAAGGCAAGACCAUGGCGGACAGUUCCUAUAAUUUAGAGGUUCAGAACAUCCUCUCCUUCCUGAAGAUGCAGCAUCUUAACCCAGAUCCUCAGCUAAUUCCAGAGCAGAUCACAACUGACAUCAAUCCCGAGUGCCUGGUAUCCCCUCGCUACCUAAAAAAGUACAAGAACAAACAGAUAACAGCAAGAAUCUUGGAGGCCCACCAGAAUGUAGCCCAGAUGAGUCUGAUUGAAGCCAAGAUGAGAUUCAUUCAAGCUUGGCAGUCUCUGCCUGAGUUCGGCAUCACACACUUCAUCGCGAGAUUUCAAGGUGGCAAGAGAGAAGAACUUAUUGGAAUUGCAUAUAACAGAUUGAUUCGGAUGGAUGCCAGCACGGGAGAUGCCAUCAAAACAUGGCGGUUCAGCAACAUGAAGCAGUGGAAUGUCAACUGGGAGAUCAAAAUGGUCACCGUGGAGUUUGCAGAUGAGGUCCGGUUGUCCUUCAUCUGUACUGAAGUAGACUGCAAGGUGGUCCAUGAGUUCAUUGGUGGUUACAUAUUUCUCUCAACUCGGGCCAAAGACCAGAAUGAGAGCUUAGAUGAGGAGAUGUUCUACAAACUCACCAGUGGUUGGGUGUGAGUAGGAAACUGUGUGAAGAAACUGCACAGCCAUGACAAUAUUUAACUUUAAAGCUAUUGUUUCUUAUAUGCUGCUUAAUAAAGUAAGCUUGAGAUUUA